UUAUUUUCGAAUGUGCCGCUUCGAAGCAAUAUUUGCUGGGGCCCACUUUUCAGAUCUUCUGACGUGCCUUCAUAAAGUGGGCCUCAGAGGGAAGGAUGCCUGGCACUUUUUCGAUGUGAUGAGUUGGAACAAAAUGGCGGACUCUCUGGAGGAAAUCGUUCCUCGAGAACCAAGCUCGGCUAUCUUUUCCAGAGCAGAUUUCAUGAAGGAAUCUUUUAGUGUGGAUAGCUUUGUUGGAAGCUGCAAAGGGAGCGUUCCUCUAGAUGCUCUGAAAGCAAAUUUAGAUGAUUAUUUGAAGUCAUUAAAACAUGCCCUGAUUGAGUUGAUCAACGAGGAUUAUGCCGACUUCGUGAAUUUGUCCACAAACCUGGUUGGAAUGGAUAAGAACAUUGCCAGUUUGUCAGUUCCUUUAGGACAACUGAAAGAAGAAGUAUUGCUCAUUAAGUCUGAUCUUGAUGGAACUAUUGAUGCAAUACAAAACAAACUAGAUGAAAGAGCAUUGCUGAGACAGAAAAAGAUGUGUAUGCAACAUUUAUUGAACAUCACAAAGUCACUGGAGAAGAUCGAGAGACUAUUACAAGGGUCAAGGCUAACCCAGGAUGUGUCCUCCAAAGAACCCGAAGGGGAUGAUGACUCACACCUGAUUGAGAGAGUGGCCAGUGAGUUUAAUCAGCUGCAGUUUUAUGUUACUCAGAGUCAAGGUCAUCCAUUGGUGGAAAGCAUCAGAGGGCGUAUUGCAGCCAUAACAAGCACCCUUCAAAAGAAAUUGGAAGCAGCAUUUCAAGAAGGACUCCAGACUGGAGAGCUGAAUCUGCUAUCUCGUGUUCUAAGAACAUAUGCCAUCAUUGACAAGACAAAAGAUGCUGAAAUGUUGUUCAGAGAAGUUACUGUAAAGCCUUACAUGAGUGAGGUUAUUGUUGAGAAGGCACUGACUACAGAUUCUUCACAGGGUCUCUACAAUGUCUAUAACAAGGUUCUUGAGUUUGUUCCCAAACACUGUGCACAGAUGAUGAACAUAACAUCAGGAAGGUUUGUAGCCAGUGAUGUGGAGAUGUUUGGUGAACAGAGGGCAGGAAUUCGAGGCUUUGACUUUUUAGUGAAUGCUGUGUGGCCUGAAGUCAUGAGUCUCGUUGAGGCACGGUUUGGAUCAAUCUUUGCCCCUGGAAAUCCAGAUGCUUUUCAUCAGAAAUAUAUGACCACGAUAUGGUUUAUCAAUAAGUUUGAAGGUGUUUGUGGGUCAAAGUCAAGUGUACAGAGACUGAGAUCACAUCCUAGCUUCACUGCUUUUAUGGCAAGGUGGAGUUUACCGGUCUAUUUUCAAAUAAGGUUUCAGGAGAUAGUUAAUAAGUUUGAAAAUUCACUGCAGUUGCCUGAAGAUCUAGACAGAACAAAAGAUGCUGAGUUGUACUCAACAUCAGCUGUGAGUGUAUUGUGGUGGUGUAUUGAGAGAUGUUGGGAGGACUCUGUAUAUAUUCAAGCCCUGUGUCAUAGAUUUUGGAAGCUGACCUUACAGUUAUUGUCACGUUUGUCUGUGUGGAUUAAAGAAGAUGUUUCUUCUACAAGAGCUGCCAGUAUCAGUGAUGGCGACACAAGUGAAGCUACUGGUGAGGUGACCACAUCGUAUUUAGUUCACUUACUCAGUGACUUAAAUACACUUCUUACAAAGCUUCCUGAGUUUUUCAGACAAGGGAUCUUACCAAAGCUACGUCAAACAAACAUUCAAGACACAGAGAUGCUUUCAGAGGCCAUCCUAGAAUCUUGUGGGGCUCUUCAACAACUGGUGCCAGGACUGGAGGGUCAAAUUGUGAGCCAAGUGGUAAACAAGGCCUCACAGGGGCUUGAAGCUGCCAAGAAUAUCCCGAGACUGUACCGGAGGACUAAUAAAGAGGCUCCAAGUAAGGCGUCUACGUUUGUGAGCAGCGUACUGAAGCCUGUCCGUGAGUUCAUGGAGGACAAUCAAACUCUUGUUAAACAACAGCAGCGUCAAGCCUGGGCAGCGGCUAUUCUACAAACGUUGCUUGUCAAGUAUCACGCGGUUACAGGUGAUGUGUUAACGUCCAUCAAACGAACCGAGGACAGUCUAAUGCGUCUGAAGCGAUCCAGGAAACAGCCGGGAUCUGGAGCGAGUAGUCAAGCACUCAACCAGGAAAACCAGUCUGCUAUGAGUGAUGACGACAAGAUUCGGCUCCAAUUCACUCUCGACACGGAAGAGUUUGGACGAGCAAUAAAGGAGUUGGGCAUUGAAGAAAACCGAACCCCAGCAUAUACCGAAUUACUCAACACAGUGAAAGCUGCUCGUGCCUCAAACACUGCCAUCAACUGACCAAGCAUCAAUUAUCAGAGGACAGAUCCUUGCGUUGCAGGCAGAACAAGUUCAUGUAAUGCUAAUAUUACAAGAUACUGGGAUCACUUCAUACAGUCUCCAAGGACUUAGGGCGAGUACUAAAGAACUGCCUGAGAAACUUUGAAAUACAAUCAACUCACUCGGCUCGUUACAAGAGAAGUGAGGAUUAUUUUCGAGCUCACUGGGAUAUGGUCUAAGAGGUCGUGUGAGGAGCUUUACAGGGCGAUAUUAUUGAAAUGUUGGCUGGACGUCCGACAUUAAUUUGUUAAAGGGCUAACGUGGAAAUGAGUCGUUAUUUGUCACACACUAAGGUCACUGUUAUUUAUAUCAUGUACAUUACUUUGUGAUGAGGUCAAUAUCUUUGUUAUAAAUUAGCAGAUAUUUUAACCGGAGAAAUUAAUGUAAAGAAAAAGACAUUGUAGAGAAGCGGUUAUAAAGAGAUUUAAAAUGUAUAUAUAUAGCUAAUUUGUGUAUAGCUUGGCUGCGGAUGUCUAUUUUUCUUUAACACUUUUUAGACUGUGAAAAGAAACAUUAGACUCGUGCAUGCAGGCUAGCAGCCAUACUACAUCUGGGACCUAGAUUGUGCUACCGGCGCUAAAUUUGAAGUUUUCAUCCAAAGUUCGAACAUUCAUCUCUUCUACAGAAUAGGUGUCAAUAAAACAUUGUUUUGUUAACAUUACUGACCUCAUACCUAUAUUGGCCAGUUUAUUAAUUUCUAUCAUGGUAUGAGGUCUGGCAAUCGAGGCAAUAGUCUUCUCGGGAUUGGACUGGAACUAGCUUGAAAGUGAGACUGAUGCGGGGAGUCUUCUGAAAUGGAAAUGACAUAAACCAUUCCCGAACAUGCCCCAUUGCAAGCUAUUUCUAGUCCAGUACCAGUUUGCAAUCCACAAAUUGAUCAGUGGUAGUUACAUCUGACGCAUGCGCAUUAAUUAUUACUUGAUCUAAAACAGAAAGAAUGUGAAUCACUAGGUACUGUGCAUCGCUGAUAGAUAAUCCAACAAAUAGAAAUAUUGUAUUUGUCAGACGGGCUUGUCAGAUUACUUAAGAGGUAGUUCAAACGAGUAAAUUGGUUUUUCGUAAAACGAGAAACUCGGA